GAUGUAGCAUCUUUAAAUGCUUGUCCAACUUUAGAUGGUACUAUUGAAAUUACAGGUGAUGAAAUUGUUAGUUUACAAUUACCUUCAGUUCAAGAAAUUGAUGGUGAUAUCAAUAUCUUUAAUUCUUCAUCUAUCAACAAUAUCAAUUUAAAUCAAUUAAGUUCUAUCAAUGGUUCUUUAUCAAUCACUGCUUUAACUGCAUUAGCAUCAAUUGAUUUCACUUCUUUAGAAAAUGUCGAAGAUUUGGAAUUAAUCUCGUUACCUUCUUUAUCAUUAGUGACUUUUUUAAAAGGGUUACAAACCGUUAAUGAUCUUCAAUUAUCAGAUACUGCUUUACAAACCAUUCAAGGUUUUAAUACUUUUGAUACUGUCAAUAUUUUAAACAUUAAUAAUAAUAAAAAUAUUUCUACUAUUGAUUUACCUUUACAAACUGUUACCAAUACUUUAUUAAUUUCCUUUAAUAAUGAUCAUGCUGAAAUUGUUUUAGAUGAUUUAAUUUGGGCUUCAAAUUUAACUAUUCAAGAUGUUGAAUCUAUUUCUGCUCAAAAUUUAACUGCUGUAAAUGGUUCCCUUAUUAUUGCUUAUAAUAUCUUUGAUACUUUAGCUCUUGAUAAUUUAACUGCUGUUGGUGGUUCAGUUGAAAUCUUUGCUAAUGAUGAAUUAACUGAUUUAUCAUUAUCUGAUUUAUCAACUAUUGGAGGUGAAUUAAGAUUAUUUAAUAAUACUAUUUUAGAAUCAAUUACUAAUGAUUCAUUUGCUUCUUUAACUAAGAUUAAAGGUGCUUUCAAUGUUGCUGGUGAUAUUGCUAAUUUUACUUUACCAAAAUUAACUUUAGUAGCCGGUGAUUUUAGUUUGAUUUCAACUAAUGAAGAUUUUGAUUGUAGUCCAUUCAAUAAAUUACAUAGUUCAAGUAGUAUUCAAGGUCAUGAUUAUACUUGU